GAUAAACAAAGAGAAAACACAAAGACUUUCCUCAGACCACAGAUCAAUCAAUCAAUCAAUAAUCAAUCACCACCACCUCACGUCGUUAAAUCCUCUUUAACGGCAGCACUGCCGUUCUCCUCCACCUCCUCAUCCGCCGUUGCUGUCAGCUUCCCUCCUCCGGCGAGAACGGAAACUCUCGCCGGAGAAUUAUUUCUUUUGUUUUGGUUUGGUUGACGUGAAAUGUAGGAAAGAAUCUAAUCAAAUUCAAAACGGUGCGUACAAGGCACAGACAGAUGAUGCCUUGUUUCUUCAAUCAAAUUUCCUUGCCUUAAGCCGUAAUUUAUUCCAUUUUAUUGUAAAUUAAAUUAAAUAUCUCCCUCCACCUUCUUGUUUAAAUUCCUCAUCAUUUCUCUCCUUCUCUCUGUUCGCUUUUCAAUUCAAAGUCCUGCCUCUAAUUUUUUAUUUGUUUAAUUUGUUAUUAUUAAAUGCGAGAUCUUAGAUUAAUUCAACCAAUUCAAACACAUUUGUAAUAAUUAUCAACUUAGCUCAGUACGGCGCGCUGUUGUGCCGUUUUGCAAAUUUGAUCAUGCCUUCUGAAGAGCUGCAGGGUUUAGCAGAAGAGAGGCAGGUCGGUUUUUGGAAGUCAAACACGUUGCCUGGACAUUAUGCCAGCAGGAAGUCAAUUGCUUCAUCUCCUCUAGAGAAACAUAUUGCUGUGGAAUUUCGGACCAUGAAUUCUCUGGAACAUCCUGAGUCUUUCCUGAUGCGAGACCCGAAAGCAAAUCUUUGCAUAGAUCGGUAUGCAGUGGGAGCAGAGAGAGCUGCCAAGCAGUCUAUGACAUUAUUGAGAUCUGUAGACCAUGAGCCAGGGACCAGAUCUAGUUUGAAUGUACAGCAGGCAUCCUCUUUUGGAGAAGGUGACAAAGUAAAUAAAAUGGCUGCGCAAUAUGAGAGCAGUCUCUUCUCGAGCUCAUUAUCAGAGUUAUUUAGUAGGAAAAUGAGACUGUCUUCAAACAUUGCACCACAUGGUUAUUCAGUUGACACUGUAGCCUCACAUUAUGAGGAAGAGGGACCCUAUGAAUCUCUUGAAGAAGUUGAGGCCCAAACUAUUGGAAAUCUUCUUCCCAACGAUGAUGACUUAUUUUCUGGAGUGACUGAUGGGAUUGACUACAUUAUCCAACCCAGUAGUGGAGAUGAUAUGGAUGAGGUGGACUUUUUUGACAGUGUUGGAGGGAUGGAUUUGGGGGAUGAUGGUUCUUUUGCAGUGGAAGAAAAUUCUGAAAUUUCUGCUGGUGAGCUUGAGGUUUGUAAUGGUGGAAUAGCCGUGGAUCACCUUUAUGGUGAAUACUCUUCUAGAACACUGUUUGUGAGAAACAUAAAUAGCAAUGUUGAAGAUUCCGAGUUAAAGACCCUUUUUGAGCAAUAUGGGGAUAUCCACACUCUUUAUAUGGCCUGCAAGCAUCGUGGUUUUGUUAUGAUUUCCUAUUAUGAUAUUAGAGCUGCUCGAAAUGCAAUGAAAGCUCUGCAGAAUAAACUGAUGAGGCGUAGGAAACUCAACAUUCAUUAUUCAAGUCCAAAGGACAACCCUUUAGAAAAAGAUAUAAACCAGGGUACUCUUGUGGUAUUUAACCUUGAUGCUUCUGUUUCAAAUGAUGAACUUCGUCAGAUCUUUGGUGUAUAUGGAGAAAUCAAGGAGAUCCGUGAAACCACUGAAAAGGGUCAUCAGAAAUUUAUUGAAUUUUAUGAUAUUAGAGCUGCAGAGGCUUCUCUUCAAGGUUUGAACAGGAGUGAUAUUGCUGGGAAGGGAAUUAAGGUUGAGCCAAGUCAUCCUGGGGGUUCAAAUCUGUGUUCGGCACAGCAGUGUGCUUCUGAGCUGGAGCAAGAUGGGUUUGGCCAUUUACUGCAGCAGAGUAGCCCUCCUAAUAAUUUAACCAAGUUUUCUGGGGCUAUAUUGCAUGGCUCAAUGUCAUCUAGGAGCACAGAUAAAGGAAUUGGUUCAGAUUUACACUCUGCUAGAAAAGUCUCAUUUCUCAAAUCUGUUCAUCCAGGUAUAUCUUCAAGUGUUCCUAACACUUUGCCCUCUUUGGUGAGAGUGGAACCAGUUGUCCCUCAAUCUGGCCUUGCCGAGUCUGGUCACUCACUGAGUCCUUUAAAAUUUGGUGUCCAAACCACAUCAAGUUUUCAUCCUCAUUCACUUCCGGAGUAUCAUGAUGCUUUAGCAAGUGGUGUUCAGUGCAAUUCUCCUGGUCCCAUUUCUGCAAAUGUCAAUAUUAAACCACCAGAAAUAAUUGACAACCGCCAGUUCAGCAGAGUUGGCUCAAAUGGACACUCCAUUGGGUUUGGUGAAAAAGUUUUUGGGUCUGCUGGUGGUGGGAGCGGUUCUCUUCUUGCACAUAAUUAUACUUGGAGUAACUCAUAUCAUCCCCAGCCUCCAGGCAUGAUGUGGCCAAAUUCACCAUCAAUGGUCAAUGGAAUUUGUAAUGCUUAUUCGCCAGUACGACUGCAUGGACCUCCAAGAUCACCAUCACAUAUGGUGAACACAGUUUUACCGAUUGGUAACCACCAUGUAGGUUCAGCGCCAGCUGUUGAUCCUUCUCUAUGGGAUAGGCGACAUGCAUAUGCAGCAGAAUCUCCUGAGGUUUCUGGUUUCCAUCCAGGUUCCCUUGGGAGUAUGAGAAUUCCUAAUAACUCAUUGCACCCUAUGGAAUAUGCCUCUCAUAUCAUUUUUCCUAAUGUCGGUGGAAAUUUUAUGGAAAUGGCUAUUUCCUCAAAAAAUUUAGGGUUUCAAUCCCAUCAACAGAGGUCCAUGAUGUUUGGUGGCAGAGGACAAGUGGUUCCUAUGAUGAAUUCAUUUGAUCUUCCUACUGAACGUGCUAGAAGCCGUAGAAAUGAAGGCAGUGUAAAUCAGGCUAACAAGAAACAGUACGAACUUGAUAUAGAACGCAUAUUGCAAGGGGAAGACACCCGAACGACACUCAUGAUAAAGAACAUUCCUAACAAGUACGUGGCUUCUCUUUUCAUUUCUGUAGCAGCAAUUCCUUUAGUCUCUAGGAUUAGUAGCUUUAACAUUAUUUUUGUAUGAAAUUUACUUGGCAUA